CAGCAGCUCACUGACACACCGCCAGAAAACACGAUAGAAAGUGAGAGAAAGGAGGGAUUAGAGCUGAAACUGUAAUGGAGGAGUGUUUAUGUUUCUGAGGAGAACUGCAGCUCGUGCAGGAGACCUAAGCCCGUCUGUAUCCAGCUGUUUUUAACUUGUUUUCGGGUUAAAAUGCGCGUGUUUCGGUUUGGUUCCCGCGGGUUACUCACUAAAUCCUCAGUACUGAACUCAGGCAGACCACCGCCAUGUCUAUCAGCAGUCAGAACCAAAACUUCCAGCCCCAAAAACUUCACUGACUACAGCAGCCUGAGCCUGAUCUACCGGCCCCGGGUUCCCGCGCUCUUUAACUUCGCCAGAGAUCUUCUGGACUUCUGGGAGGAGAAAGAAAAGGCAGGUAAAAAGUCCUCUCAGCCUGCUUUCUGGUGGGUAAAUGAUGACAAUGAAGAGAUCAGAUGGAGCUUUGAGGAGCUGGGAUUCCAUUCCAGAAAGCUUGCUAAUGUUCUGACUGAAGAAUGCGGUCUGGUGAGAGGAGACCGGGUCUUCUUAGUGCUUCCUCGAGUGCCUGAGUGGUGGCUGGUCAAUAUCGCUUGCCUCAGAACAGGUACAGUUCUAAUCCCUGGAACAUCUCAGCUGACAGCCAGGGACGUCCUGCACCGUCUGCAGGUGUCUGAGGCUAAGUGUGUGAUCACGGACGAGAGCAUGGCUCCACUGUUAGAAGCUGUAUCUCCACAGUGUCCUGCACUAACCACUAAACUUCUACUGUCCAGCAAGGGGCGCCCGGGGUGGGGCGACCUCACAGCUUUGAUAAGGAGUGCCUCCGCUGACCAUGUCUGUGUGGACACCAGGAGUGAUGAGCCGAUGACCAUCUUUUUCACCAGUGGAACCACCGGGUCUCCUAAAAUGACUCAGCACAGCCACUGUAGCUAUGGCCUGGGGCUCACGGUCAAUGGCAGGUACUGGUUAGACCUGACUGACAGUGAUGUGUUCUGGAAUACCUCAGACACAGGAUGGGCUAAGUCUGCAUGGAGCAGUGUUUUCGCUCCUUGGACGCAGGGGGCGUGUGUGUUUGUUCACCAUAUGCCACGCUUCAGUACACACACAGUGCUCAAGACUCUGUCCAGUUUCCCCAUCAGCACCUUCUGCACGGCUCCCACAGCCUACCGGAUGCUAGUACAGGAGGAUCCGUCCAGGUUUCAAUUCCAGGCUCUGGAGCACUGUCUGUCUGCAGGAGAACCCAUUAACCCUGAGGUGAUGAGUAAAUGGCGGGAGCUCACAGGCUUGGACAUCUAUGAGGGAUACGGUCAGACUGAGACUGUUUUGAUUGCUGGUACUUUCAAAGGCAUGGAGAUCAGACCCGGCUCCUUCGGUAAAGCGUCUCCAGCGUAUGACGUGCAGUGGUUGUUUUUGUGGUUUCAGGUGGUGGAUGAAGAAGGGAAUAUUGUUCCUCAAGGAACAGAGGGAAAUCUGGCUAUCAGAGUCAAACCCCACAAACCAUUCUCCCUAUUCACAGAGUACACGGGGGAGCCAGAGAAAACGGCGGAGUGUUACUGCGGGGAUUUCUACCUGACAGGUGAUCGAGGAGUGAUGGAUCGAGAUGGAUACCUGUGGUUCGUUGGAAGAGCUGAUGAUGUCAUACUGUCUGCAGGGUACCGUAUCGGUCCGUUCGAGGUGGAGAACGCUCUGAUAGAGCAUGACGCUGUGGCUGAGUCUGCUGUGGUUAGCAGUCCUGAUCCAGUCAGAGGAGAGGUUGUGAAGGCGUUUGUGGUGCUGACUCCAGAGUACAGAUCCAAAGAGCAGAGUGGACUGAUCAGAGAACUGCAGACACAUGUGAAGAAAGUUACAGCUCCCUAUAAAUACCCCCGCAAGAUAGAGUUUGUGGAUCAGCUGCCUAAAACAGUGAGUGGUAAAAUUCGGAGAGUGGAACUGAGAAAGAAGGAAUGGGAGCAGUCGUAACUGUCCACUUUCCCAGUUAUACCACUUUAACAUCUCUUCUACCAGUGGUUCCCAGUGCUCCUAUUACGAGGGACAGUGUCUUCUGCACAUUUCAUGCUCAAAAUCACGUAAAACCAGUUCAAAAAGAGCUUUAAAUGUAGCUGAUAAUACCAGACGACCAGUUCCUUAAAAGCAUUUUGGUGCUACAAUGACCUUAAAACUUCUGGAGAAAUCAAAAGAAGGCACAAUCUUUCACCAGGAGAAACACAUGACGAGUCUGUGAUCUUUCCAAAAAACAGUUUUUCCAAAAGUGCCAAAUCAUUUAACAUUGACUUCAAAUGAACAUUAAUUGUUAAUGUCAUUAUUAUUAUUUGCAUAUAAUUUUGAGGUACCAUCCAUAUCAGAUUAUUUGUCAUAAGCCCUAUCCAGACAGGAUUAGUUUCUCAGGGGGGUCCUGGGGUCAUUUUCUCUUUUAUAAGGGUGUGAUUUGAUUCAUGUCCUUUAACAACCAUGUAUGUGUUUUUCUCAGAUGUCCUCUGAGAAAAUUACAGGCUGAAUUAUCUACUGUUUUUCGUUUUGUUUCUUAACGCUUAAUAAAUUAGCUAUCUGUCCACUGCUACGCACUGAAAUUACACUUUGGGCACAUGUUUCCACUGAGAUCCACAUAAACACAACAGCGAGUGGAAAUGGAGGAGCUACUGAAUGUGAUGUCAUGUGACUGAGAAAGCCAAAAACUCACUGGUCCUUCUGUUUUUCAAUUACAGUCCAGAUGCAGGAGUUUUAUAAAUGAGUAAAAGUGUGAAAUUAUUUUUUUACAGACGUCCCCCUGAGAAACUAGAGAAACUAAUCCCGUCUGGAUAGGGCUAUACUCAGUGACUGACAAGAUUAGCAUUAGCUAUUUAAUGCUGAUAUCAGACUUACUGUAAAAAACGUCUUACAGAGUGUCUGUAACCAGCAACCAGCAGCAUCAGUAAGAGUAUGAUUAACUAUCUAGUUAAAGCCUUUUUACAAUAUAAUAUUGUAUUAAAAACUGAUUUCUGGUGUGUAUGUAUUACCAGAGUGAGUUUCCUGAGAUACAGAGUAAACCACCAGAGGUAAUCGGUUUAGCUGACUAUAUAAACAUUGGAAAUUCUGGAAAUUUCUUUACAGACAAAAAAAAAUGAAUCUGCUUAUCUGAGACCUUCAAACACCUGCACUUGCUGAAAUGUUAGUCAGAUAUUUACCUGUAGAGGGAGACAUGUUCACAAUAUGACUAUAUCAUCACUCCAAUAAAAAAAAAACAUUGUUUAGUUUAUCUGAUAGAAACAUUAAACUGAUAUUUUCUUAAUGAGGUUCUGUUGUUGUGUAAUUAAGGGCUGUCAUUAAGUGUGAGGACUUGAUUAAAGAAUUAUUUGUUUAAAAUG